CCUCACGCACACGUGGACAUAGAUGUGUUUUUUAGAUCUCUUCCAGGCAGAUCACUCAGUGAUUCUUUGCCCAUAGAAGACAUCAGGAGAAGUCAAGUGGAUAUAAAGAAAACUUAAUCUUGAUGAGAAGAAGAAUCUGGGAAAAAGAGCAGAAAUGGGAGGAACGCAGUCAAAGAAUGUGACGGACGAGGAGGCGAUGACAUCGGGAAGAAGGAGCGCAGGUCAGGAUGAAAAUCUUCCGACGGUCGAACGGAUCAGAAAACACACCGUCACACACUUCGGCUUCAGGGUGCUCAUCUUGGCUCGCCGCGGCAUGCUGGAACUUCCAGAGGAAUUAUGGGAGCUGACAGAGCUGCAGAAGCUCAACCUGUCGCUCAACCUCCUGCGCUCCAUCCCGUCGUCUCUGGGUGUGCUGCAGAAUCUGGUGGUGCUGAAUCUCUGGGGGAAUCAGUUGACCAGCUUGCCUCCUGAAAUUGGCCGCCUCAGGAAUUUGAAGGUUCUGUUUGCGUACCGCAACCGUCUGAGCGACGUUCCUGAAGAACUUGGCUGCUGCACCAAACUGGAGGUGUUGAGUUUGGCCAACAACCAGCUGACGGGACUCCCGGCAUCUCUGUCGGCCCUCAGUGGACUGAAGAAACUCAACCUGAGUCACAAUCAUAUAACACACAUCCCGGGGUGCGUCUACACCAUGAAGAACCUGGUGUUUCUGCAGCUGGCCUGCAACAGACUGGAAAACAUCGCAGAUCAGAUCCAGGCUCUCGCUGAUUUAAAAAUCCUCAUCGUGGAGGGAAACUGCAUCCACUCGCUUCCCAAGAUGAUCUGCUGUCUGACCAAGCUGGAGCUGUUGAAUGUGGAUUUUAAUGAUAUUCAGAACGUUCCUGCAGAGAUGCACCGGCUCAGAGGUCUGGAGAGGUUAGCAUGCCACCCGCUGGAUAAAGGUCUUCACAUCAUGCACAAUCCUCUCCUCAAGCCCAUUAAAGAUGUUCUGGAAGGAGGUCUGCAGGCGCUCUACAACUAUCUAAAGGCUCCGUGAAACGCUGCACAUCUUGAAAGAACCUUGAGGGAUUGUUUACUGUCUGUCUCUGAGAGAUGCGGCUUUGAUUCUGAACCUCACGUAGACACAGUAUCGGAAUUUAUUUAUUUCUACUAACCACAGUUCACUUGUCUGUAGAAUCUGUGGGUUGACAGAACAUUUGAUAGCAUGUCAUAUAAAGCCAUUAGUACUGUACAUGAAUACUAACAAAAUAUAACCAAUAGGACUCGAUGAAGAUGAUUUUACAUUGAUUUAGUUUUUGUAUUCAAACGGACUUAUACAGAUGCAUUUACAUUUAGGCAUUUAGCAAAUGUUGUGAGAAAAACAAUGAAGUGAUUCGUCAUUUGGAGGAAAGUAAAUGAGAAAGUGUUGGUCAGAGUUACAAAGUUUUAGCCAUUUCAAGAAAGGAUCACUUAAAUGUCAACUUUUUCCCAGAUGUAAAAUUGCGUGACACACAAACAAGUCAACAGUUGACAUACGGACAGGGCCGGUGCAGAGCAGGCAGUUGGCUAGGGCCUCAGGCUUGUAGGGGGGCCUCCAUAACUGUGACGUGUCUCCAACUUCGACGCACAUAACAUCACACCACUGCAAGAGUGUUUCGAAAGCAUAUACGCAGCAGUCUACUUGAGUCAUGGCUGUGCACACCUGUCCUCACAUGCAGCGUGACGCAUGUCCCCCCAAAUCUCUUUUACAGUUGUUGGUGUUGUUUGUCAUCACAAAAGAUUCUUAUUUUUACGCGUUUUAAAACGCUUGCCCAUUUAAACUUUCUAUCGAUUUCUCACUUGAAGUGCGCGCACAUGUAGACACCAGUUCUCAUACGCCUCAAGGCUACAAGCAAGUUCUCUAUUGCGUCUUUUUUGCGCGUCUUAUAUAAGUUACUGUGAAAUACAAGGUUAUGUCAAAAACACAUGAAAACAGUCCGUUAUGUCUUACGUGAAAGUAAACAGUCGGAUAUGUAUCACUAUAUUGGAUCAGUGAAUUAAAGUGACUGUUGUUAUUGCGGACUAAUAAACACCUUCAGUGUGACACAAGAAGAUUUCAUUCUCAGGCUUGUUCUCCGACUGCAUUACAUUAUCCCUUACGUAGGCCUAUAGACGAAAAACCUGCUGCUGUUUUUGUCAUCAAUGUUAGAUACAAAAUCAUGAACUGCUCUUGACUAAAGAAGUUUUGUUUCUUUAUUUGAAAUGAUUUAAUUCAUACAGUGAAGAAGCAGUGUUUCAUUUCUACAUUAUUCAGUUUCUUUGUUAAAAUGCUACUGGACUGUUAAAUAACCCACUGUACCUGAUAAUAAGAUUUUGUCAUUUUUUCUUUCUUUUGAAGUGGAAUUGGAACACACCUACAGUGUCGCUAUACACUUGUCCACCAGCCAAGACAGGCAGCAAAAACUAAAGUUAUAGCCCAUCGGUCCAGUCUCUGUGUGUACGUAGGCUAUAAAGAGAAUAAACACUUUCCUGCAGCUGACUGAUUUUAGGUCAUUCAUUUAUGAUGGUGCUUUUUUCCCAUUUUAAAUAUAUACUCAUCCAAAAGAGUGGAAAAGUGUAAACUGUAAAAUUGUUGCAAAAAAUAACUGAAAUACAAAUUAUUUUAUUUUGAAACAAUUUCAAAUUGAAACAGACUUUUUAAUAAUAUCAUUAACUUAUUAAAAUUGUUACAUUUUUACAGUGUAAAAAAAAUCUAAAGGUGGAGGGGAUGGGGGUGCUGUGAGGGGCCUCCAAAUGUUUAGAACCGGCCCUGCAUACAGAUAAGAGUUUAGAGCUGUUAAGUUUGUACAGACAGGAGCUUAUAUGUCAGAUCAUUUGGUCUUGAGGAAUUCGAUGAGAAAUGUUUGAAAUCUCUGACUUUUGACAGCAGAAGUUUGUUGUUAUAGGGCCAUCAUCCUGUGAAGAUGUUCGUUUACCCUGCAUAACUAGAAACUAGAAAAAAUGUGUUUAAGGAUGAACUCUUCAGUGGUUGUGAGUGAAGUGCUAAUGUAGGGUUGUGUCUUUAGAAACAAAGACGAGACGUGACUUUAAACCUGGAGUGUCAGACAGUGAAUGUGUUGAGAGGGUCAGAGGUCACAGGGGACGUCACUCAUAUGAAAAUCUUCACUUUGAGAUUUGAGAGCGUGUUCAGUACUUAACAAAUUAACAAAACAUCAGAUUCAAAAAGUCCUUUGAGAAAACACUUUAACCAAACACAAAGCAUUACACACACAGAGAGAGAGAGAGAGAGAGAGAGAGAGAGAGAGAGAGAGAGAGAGAGAGAGAGAGAGAGAGAGAGAGAGAGAGAGAGAGAGAGAGAGAGAGAGAGAGAGAGAGAGAGAGAGAGAGAGAGAGAGAGAGAGAGAGAGAUAAAGGUCAAUCUUCCGUCUUGAAAAGGAACCACUUUCAUUUCGUUACUUUAACACUUCAAAAGACAUCAUUUAUAAAACUUGAACAGUUGUGUUGUUUGAACUUAAAUGACAUCCAUGUGUCAACAGCAUAUUUUUUUAUAAAAACAUUUUAUUUAUAUGAUUUUAAACAUAUUUUAAAACAUACUCAGUGUAGUCUUCAUGAUGAUGCAUUUUCUCAUAAGAUGUUAAAGAACCUUAUAAAUCAUCACAUUAACUAUAGUUAGUACAACAGUAAAACAGGGAGAAGGAUUUGGUUUUGGAAAGAGAUGAAAGAAGAACUGAUGUUGAUGAUUGUUUCAUGAUGAGAUGUCUUUUAAUCUUUAUGUUGCUGUUUAGUGUUUGCACUGUUGUUCUAUUUUACAACAAAAUGACUGUGUGAGAUGUGGAGUUUUGUUACUCUAGCGCCCCCUGUCAGCACACACCUGAAAGUACAUGUUUGCAAUUGAAAGGGUGACCAUAUGUGCCAUUUUUCCCGGACACGUCCAGGCCAGGAUUUCUGGUGCGUCCUCCGGAGGUCGCAUUUGUCCGCCGCAUACGUCAUCGAGGUUUAUUAUUUCAGGGUUUAUUUCAGAAAAGCAAAUAAAAAUGAAACUACAAUGAUUAUAAGUCUUAAGAUAAUUUUUUUUAUUUAAAAUGUUUUUUAACUGAAAUGUGAGAACCUCCAGAGGACGCACCCGAAAUCCAGGAGCAUAGACUGUGUAAUGGAUGGUCAUGGUCACCCCUAUCUUAUUUAGUUAAAUCUUUUUUAUUUAGUUAUAUCUUUUUUUUAAUAUUUUUUCUUUGUCUUGUUUUCCUUAAAAUAACAAAAUAAAAAUGGUCAUAGCCAAAGCAAGAAGAAAUGAA